AUGCCUCACCCUCGCAUCUACCACACUAAAGCCAACCGCCGUGCUGCCAACUGUGCUAAGAGUGCUCGGCACUAUGCUAAAAAUAAGGCUGAUAUACUAGCUAAGCGGCGCGACAUCCGUGCACACAGGGAGGACCCAAUGCCGCAUCCACGGCCAGAACAGCACGCCGAGCCCCACUUGUCUGGGCUCCCGCAAUCGUCCCCAACCACAGAGGCGGUCUCUCAUGAUGCCGAUGUUUCGCAAACCAUCAGUCUCGCCUAUUGUACUGCACGCAAACUGUCGUCUUUCAUCAAUCAUUCGCCCGCUGCCUUUGCUAACUCAACAUUUAUAAAGUAUGUCAAAGUCUACGAAACUGGAACAAAUGAUAUCGGGAUCAUCAAAGCGCCUUUGGAACGGCUACAAAAAUGGCAGAGACGCCUCGAUAAGUGUGGGGAAGUGGUGUUGGAAGAGUGUGGAAUGGGCAGGGAGUUGCAAAUGAUCAACGGAGCAGGCAAGAUGGCGGGCACAGCCAUCGAGUACCUUGAAGAGCUCCUGUGUGACGCAAUGUUGGAUCCCGUCGCUAUGCAGGCAGCGUACAAGCGUCAUAGGUAUAACUAUCAGUUGGUGUAG